AGGACCUGUUUAAGGACCUGUUAGAGGACUUGUCAGAGGACUUGUCAGAGGACUUGUUAGAGGACCUGUUAGAGGACCUGUGUGAGGACGAUGGGCCUGCUGGACGUCCUGUCCUCCAUCAGAGACCGAGCCGACAAGUUUCUGAAUGAGAAGAACGUGGUGACGGACUUUCUGGGGAAGCUGGAGGAGAAAACGGGGAUAAAGAAGAAGAUCAUCGCAGUGGGUGCCGUCUCGCUGACUGGACUCUACCUGGUGUACGGAUAUGGUGCCGCGCUCGUCUGCAACCUGAUCGGUUUCGUCUAUCCAGCUUAUUUUUCAAUCAAAGCCAUCGAGAGUUCGAACAAAGAGGACGACACCAAAUGGCUGACGUACUGGGUGGUGUACGGGGUCUUCAGCCUGGGGGAGUUCUUCUCCGAUAUCUUCCUCUACUGGUUCCCCUUCUACUACGCCUUUAAGUGUCUCUUCCUGCUGUGGUGCAUGGCUCCCAUGACGUGGAACGGCUCCCAGGUCAUCUACAACAAACUGGUCCGGCCCAUCUUCCUGCGCCACGAGGCCACGGUGGACAACAUGGUGAGCGACCUCAGCGGGCGCGCCAUGAACGCCGCCGAGAACUUCACCAAAGAAGUCCUGACCACGCUGAUGAAGAAUAAAGCUCUGGUGAGACCGACAGCAUCUGUCGCUCCGCCGCCGUCAGGUGAUCCGCCCGAACCCAGGAGUUUACCGAGUACAUCUACAGCUAAAAUAUCGCCAGCAGUGCCGAGUGAAGAUGAAGACCGACCAUGGUUCAGAUAGCAGCAGAAGAGGAGGAGGAGCCUCCGUGAGGAAGAGGAGCAGAGACGAAGGUUUUCCUCUUCGUCCUCAGAAGUCAAACAGACUGAUUCCCUUUUUAUAUCAGAUGUUAUAUUUGUAUCCCAGUUUGUGACAUUAAAACUUUACAAACAGGCUCUCAUGUUCAACACUGUCUUAUUGUUUAAUUUAUUUAAUCAAUUUAUUAGGUAUUUAUUUAUUUAUUUUAGAUGCAAAGCACCUGAAACUGACUCAUAUAACUGACAAACUCACCCACCAGCUCAUGUUUAGGCUGAAGAUCCUCCACCAGGUGGAGCUGUUUCAUCACUUUGGGGUUGAUUUUGGAUCAGAAAACUAUGGAUACAAUCAUAGACUGUAUAAAGAUACAAUUUAUUUGAGUGUUUUUAGGUUUUAUAUUAAACAUCUGUGCAACCUGCAGCUGCAAGACUCGGCCUGCAGGUGGAGCCUGCAGCUCUGCAGUGAGACUUUCUGUCUUCAGGUUCUUCGCAUCAGAGACACCAUGACCUUGUUUUGUUUUCUUUACUCGUACUGUUUAUGUGAUACAUGUUUUCUUUUGUUUAUAAGCAUAAAUGAGAUUUUGAACUUGAUAUGACAAUUAUGUUAUGAUAAGAAAUAAAAACAUGCUGAUCAGAAUAAAA